AUGAUUUCUGAAAAAGCUGCAACGGCCUUGGCAACGGUAGGGACGAUUUGUUGGUGCAUUCAGUUGAUUCCACAAAUAAUUUCCAACUACAAAAGGAAGAAUUGCGAGGGGAUGCCGCCAAUAAUGAUGUUCUUAUGGGUCAUAUCAGGCAUCCCAUUUGCUGUGUACUUUAUGGUAACAAGAGCCAAUAUUAUUCUGCAGGUUCAAGCCCAUCUAUUUAUGUUCUUUUCAGCAAUCAGCUACAUACAAUGCCUCUUUUAUCCACCCGUGAAAUUCCCUCGCGCCAAGAUAAUAUGCAUUCUAGUAGUUCUGAUUGUGAUUGAUGUUGGUGUAGAAGCUGGGUUCACCUUGUGGCUGAGGCCACUUUACUCCAAAGGGAUCCACUGGCCUGCGUUGGUUUUUGGGAUCAUGGCGUCAGUACUGCUAGGCCUGGGGCUUUUGCCUCCUUACUUCGAGCUCGCAAAACGUCAGGGUCGUGUGGUUGGCAUAAAUUUCUGGUUUCUAAUUAUCGAUUCGCUCGGCGCCUGGUUAUCGAUAGCAAGCGUCAUUCUCGGCAAUAUGGACACCAUGGGCAUAAUACUCUAUGCAGUCAUUGCAGGUUUGGAGGCUGGAAUUUUUGCAUCGCAUCUAAUAUGGUACUCUAGAUUCAGGUGGCUAAGAAGUGCUGGGCAAGAUGAAGAUGAACUGCAAUAUAGGGACGACAAAAAUGACAGCGAGAAUUUUACUGUCACAAGCUGA